GCUGCGGACCGGCGCCGCGGACCAAAGUUUCUCCGCUGCAGCCGCCGACUGCUGCGCGCCUGUGGCCCCGGGCAGAGGGACCCGCCUGGCUCAGCGGGCGCUGGAAGCAAAAUAAUAAUAAUAAUAAUAAUAAUAACAAUAAAUAAAUAAAAGAGAGAAACAGGAACACACCGCACUGGGGAAAAAAAAAAAAAAAAAACCAAAAAUCUGCCACCAGCCCGGAGGCGCCCGGGAGCAGGUCCAUGGCUCCCCCAGGCUCUGAGGGUGUGUUGUUGUCACCACGGUCCCUUCUCUGAGCCAGCACUGCUCCUUGCUGCCCCCCCACACCCAGGCCCCUCCCGCGCCCCGCACGCCCUCGGCCGGGUGGCACCAUGGGCAGCGUCAGCAGCCUCAUCUCGGGCCACGGCUUCCACGGCAAGCACUGCCGGGCGUCGCAGUACAAGCUGCGCAAAUCCUCUCACCUCAAGAAGCUCAACCGCUACUCGGACGGGCUGCUGAAGUUCGGCUUCUCCCAGGACUCGGGCCGCGGCGAGUCCGGCUCCAAGAUGGGCAAGAGCGAAGACUUCUUCUACAUCAAGGUCAGCCAGAAGGCGCGGGGCUCCCACCGCCCCGACUACACAGCUCUGUCCAGCGGGGACGUGGGGGGCCAGGGCGGCGUAGACUUUGACCCCUCCACGCCACCAAAGCUCCCGCCCUUCUCGAAUCAGCUGGAAAUGGGCGCGGACAAAGGAGCAGCGAGACCCACAGCCUUCAAGCCAGUCUUGCCGCGGUCGGGAGCCGUCCUUCACUCGUCCCCCGACAGUGCCAGCCGCCAGCUGCACCCCAUGCCUCCAGACAAGCCCAAGGAGCAAGAGCUGAAGCCGGGCCUGUGCUCCGGGGCCCUGUCAGACUCUGGCCGGAACUCCAUGUCCAGCCUGCCCACCCAUAGUACCACCAGCAGCUACCAGCUGGACCCGCUGGUCACCCCCGUGGGGCCCACCAGCCGUUUUGGCGGCUCGGCCCACAACAUCACGCAGGGGAUCGUCCUGCAGGACAGCAACAUGAUGAGCCUGAAGGCGCUGUCCUUCUCCGACGGGGGCAGCAAGCUGGCUCACCCCGGCAAGGGGGACAAGGGCCCCUCGUGCGUGCGCUCGCCGCUCUCCAGGGACGAGUGCGCCGUCCAGGAGCUGGAGCAGAAACUGCUGCAGAGGGAGGGCGCCUUGCAGAUGCUACAGCGCAGCUUUGAUGAGAAGGAGCUCGCCUGCGGCCAGGCCUUCGACGAGCGGCCGCGGCGCCCCCGGGACGAGCCGGAGGGCCUGGAGCCCAAAGGCGGAGGCAAGCUGAAGGCGGCCGCGGCCUCGCAGAAGAGCCAGCGCGUGCAGCACGUGCUGCAGCUGCACGUCCUGCAGCUGCAGCAGGAGAAGCGGCAGCUCCGGCAGGAGCUCGAGAGCCUCAUGAAGGAGCAGGACCUGCUGGAGACCAAGCUGCGGGCCUACGAGCGGGAGAAGACCAACUUCGGCCCGGCGCUCGAGGAGACCCAGUGGGAGGUGUGCCAAAAGUCAGGCGAGAUCUCUCUCCUGAAGCAACAGCUGAAGGAGUCCCAGGCGGAGGUGAACACCAAGGCCAGCGAGAUCCUCAAUCUGAGGGCGCAGCUGAAGGACACGCGGGGCAAGCUGGAGGGCGUGGAGCUGAAGACGCAGGACCUGGAGAGCGCCCUGCGCACCAAGGCCCUGGAGCUGGAGGUGUGCGAGAACGAGCUGCAGCGGCGGCGGAGCGAGGCGGAGCUGCUGCGCGAGAAGGUGAACUUGCUAGAGCAGGAGCUGCUGGAGCUGCGGGCCCAGGCCGCCCUGCAGCGAGAAGCCGCCACCCUGGGGCCCCCGGCCAUUGCGCCCACCUUCUCGGAGGACAUCCCGGCUCUGCAGCGGGAGCUGGAGCGGCUGCGGGCCGAGCUGAAGGAGGAGCGGCAGGGCCGCGACCAGAUGUCCUCGGGCUUCCAGCAUGAGCGGCUGGUGUGGAAGGAGGAGAAGGAGAAGGUGAUUCAGUACCAAAAGCAGCUGCAGCAAAGCUACCUGGCCGUGUUCCAGCGCAACCAGCGCCUGGAGAAGGCCCUGCAGCAGCUGACCCGCGGGGACGGGGCCGGAGAGCCCUUCGACAUCGACCUGGAUGGGGCUGACGUCCCCUAUGAGGACAUCAUAGCCACUGAGAUCUGAGGAGCU